AUGUCAUCAAUAGCACCUGCACAAGCCACAUCAAAGUCUGACCAAGAUGCUCAAGAGUAUAUUGGACCUAACUUGAAUGUUACUUUAACCUGCCCCGAAUGUAAAAUUUUCCCACCUGAUUUGAUUGAAAGGUUCAGUGAAGGGGAUAUUGUGUGCGGGAGUUGUGGGCUAGUGUUGAGCGAUAGAGUGGUUGACACCAGAUCGGAAUGGAGAACCUUUAGCAAUGACGAUCAGAACGGAGACGAUCCAUCUCGUGUUGGUGAUGCAGGUAAUCCAUUGUUGGAUACAGAAGAUUUAUCGACAAUGAUUUCUUAUGUUCCUGAUAAUUCGAAAGCUGGGCGAGAGUUGAAUAGAGCACAGUCCAAGUCAUUGGUGGAUAAGAAGGAUAACGCUUUAGCGGCAGCUUAUGCCAAGAUCUCACAAAUGUGUGAUGGAUACCAAUUGCCCAAGAUUGUUCAAGAUGGGGCUAAGGAGGUUUACAAAAUGGUGUACGAUGAAAAGCGUUUACGGGGCAAAUCACAAGAGUCAAUAAUGGCAGCGUCGAUAUUCAUUGGUUGUCGUAAAGCCAAAGUUGCUCGUACAUUUAAAGAGAUUUGGGCGUUGACCAACGUACCUAAAAAGGAAAUUGGCAAAGUGUUUCGAAUUAUGAAUAACAUUAUACGUGAGAAGAAUGAAGCAAACCCUCAAUCUGCAGCAUACUAUAGUCAAGACAAUAUCCAAACUACUCAAACGUCAGCUGAAGAUUUAAUUAGAAGAUUCUGUUCGCAUCUUGGAUUGAGCUCACAAGUUACAAAUGGUGCUGAGUAUAUUGCAAGAAGAAGUAAGGACGUGGGUGUAUUGGCUGGUAGAUCUCCUACGACCAUUGCUGCUACGGUUAUAUACAUGGCGUCCAUAGUUUUUGGAGUUGAAUUACCACCAUCAAAAAUCUCUGACAAGACUGGGGUUAGUGAUGGUACUAUCAAGACUUCCUACAAGUAUUUGUUUGAAGAAAAGGACAAGUUGAUGGAUCCCUAUUGGAUAGAGUCAGGAAAGGUCAGUUUAGAGAACUUUCCAAAGGCAUAG